AUGCAAUUCAGCAAUUUAGAACUAAAAGUUAUGGUGACAAGAGCAUGACCGGAAGUCAAUACAUUUUAAGCCUCGCUGUCAGUGGUAUACACGUGCGAAGGAAAACAUUCAGCGAAAGAAGCAUCAGGAUGGAUGAAGUCGAUGAUAGAAGAUUGCUGGUUCAGUUUAAGAGUGAAGAUGGAGAAUCUACAGGGUCCCCAUUUGACCUACCCAUAAACAUCACAAAAGACAAACUGCAACUGAUCUGCAAUGCACUUCUUCAACAGGAAGAAGCAACACCAUACUCAUUUUUUGUAAGUGAUGUAGAAAUCACAGAGACACUAGAAAAGUCAUUAACAAAAGACACAUUAGAGGACACAGAGAAAGUUGUGGAAAUUGUCUACCAGCCACAAGCUGUAUUCAAAGUACGAGCAGUUACAAGAUGCACCAGCACCAUUGAGGGGCAUGCAGAAGCUGUGAUAUCAAUAGCAUUUAGUCCCAGUGGAAGGUACUUAGCCAGUGGGUCUGGGGACACAACUGUUAGAUUCUGGGAUCUUACUACAGAGACUCCUCAGUUCCAGUGUAAAGCUCACAAACAUUGGGUGUUAUGUAUUGCAUGGUCUCCAAAUGGCAAAAAACUAGCAUCAGGUUGUAAAAACAGUCAGGUCUGUAUUUGGGACCCCUCUUCAGGGAAACAACUUGGAAAGACUUUGAUUGGUCACAGGCAGUGGAUCACAUGGUUGACAUGGAAACCUUUACAUUUAGAUCCAGAAAGCAGGUUUCUUGCUAGUUCAUCAAAAGAUGCCACAAUUAGAAUUUGGGACACAGUUCUAUGCCAAUGUAAGCUUGUCUUGUCUAGUCACCUACAGUCUGUCACUUGUAUUAAAUGGGGAGGAACAGAUCUCAUCUACUCGGGCUCACAAGACAGGACAAUAAAAGUUUGGAGGGGAGAAGAUGGUGUGUUAUGUAGAACAUUACAAGGUCAUGGUCACUGGGUGAACAACCUUGCCCUCAGCACAGACUAUGUCAUCAGAACUGGCUCCUUUGACCCUUCCACAGCCACUGUAGUACCAAGAGAUAUUGAUGACAUUGUUGAAGAACUAAAGAAAAAAGCUUUAGACAGAUAUAACAGUGCAACAAAUGCCAUACCAGAAAGAUUGGUAUCAGCUUCAGACGAUUUUACCAUGUUUCUUUGGCAACCAGAGACAGAGAAAAAGCCACUCACAAGGAUGACUGGUCAUCAGCAGCCAAUCAAUGAAGUUCUAUUUUCUCCUGAUGCAAGGUUAAUUGCCAGUGCAUCUUUUGACAAGUCUGUGAAAUUAUGGGAUGGAAAAAAUGGAAAAUAUAUUGCAUCAUUAAGAGGGCAUGUCCAGAGAGUGUAUCAGAUUGCUUGGUCAGCCGAUAGCCGGUUGUUGUGCAGUGGGAGUGCUGAUUCUACACUCAAAGUUUGGGACGUCAAGAAUAAGAAACUACUCCAUGAUCUUCCUGGACAUUCUGAUGAGGUGUACGCUGUAGAUUGGAGCCCUGAUGGACAGAAAGUUGCAAGUGGGGGAAAAGAUAAAGUAAUGAAAAUAUGGCGAAGAUGAGGGUAGAUGAUUAAAGAGAAAAUGGCAAGAGGGAAGCUGCUCAAUACAUCAUAACAGAGCCCGGGAGAAAUCCAAUCAAAGAACUGUGUGCUGUUUAACAUGCAAUCUACACCCAAGGAACAAUUUGUGCAUGAUGUCUUUCUUGAUUAAGGGUUCUUUUGUAAAUGGCUGUCACAUUAAAAAACGCCUUUCUUAUGUCUAUCUGGAAGUUGACACAUGUUAAUGGUGUAUCUUCUUUGAAAUGUUCUGGUAGAGUCAUGAAAAGUUUUUUCUGUAUGUUUGAAAAGUUCUAUUCUGCCUUUGUGCAGAUGAUUUUUAUACAGAUAAAACAUCUUUUUGGACGUAUUAUGUGAAGCUCAGACUGAAACCUGUGAAUAAAAAAAACAUAUUGUUGCUUGAAACAUAUUUCACUUGAGAUGAUACAGUAAUGACAUCAGACAAAAGUUUUCUAAUUAUGCAUAAAAAGGAGCAUUGUAUUUUCCUUUUAUUUUGGUGAUAAAUUUAUAAUUGGAAGGUAUUUUUCAAACCUGUACAUUUUGUAUCAGCAUGCAGAAGGUUAGCUUAUUUGGGGUUUGUAGUAAACUAUAUUGAUUGAAUAACAUGGCAUCAUAAUCAACUCGACGUAUAAAUUAAAAGAUAGAGCCCACCACCCUAACAAUAUACUUAUUGAAUGAGUCUGAUCCAGAUUUCAAGACACUGCCCCUAUUGAUCCUAGUGCUAACAUACCUUUGGUCCAGUACAAUCCAUGAAAAAGUGUCCUAGUUAUUAAUUUAUUCACAAGCAUGCUAUUUUUGAUUUCUGCCACUGAGGUUUUAAAGGUUUUUGGUCUUGCAAAGUUUUAUCUGAUACGUGUAUUGACUUUGAUCUGGCAUGAUUGAUUGGUAGAUUUAAAGGCUAGUUAUUGGGAGGUCUUUGAAGUCGUAGACUCCCUGUUACACCAGGGUUAAUUAAGACCCUGACAAUUAGUGAAUUAUAUUUAAUAUUUGUUGAUACCCUGCCCUCUGGGUGUUUUAACUUUUAAUCGAUUGAAAGUCAGUGUGACAUCAUCCUUGUAGAGUUCAAACAAAAAAUAAUCUUCAAUUUUAUAUUUUGUUUGUUUAUUGAUUAUAUCAAAUGGGGCAACAAAAUGUAGCUGUUGGAGGUUUUUAAACUAAAAUAAACAAAACCUCAAAGAUAUCUUUUUCAUUUUUAACUAUCCUUUGAUCUUUUACAUUUAAUGUUUAAUUUGGUGCUUUCACAUUUAAUGCCUAAUUUGUAGAUGGCUAAAUACCAGAUAAAGGAUGUAGACUCAAUUAAUCAAAUUUACUGGAUAAAAGAACUUAAAAGUACAGCCGUGAAAAAAUGAUCAUGAUCUUUUGUAAUCAAUGAGUAUUAUAGGACUCUGCCUAUGGCUGGUUUCACAAUCAUAAUUCACCACCUCCUGCUGAGUCUUUAACUGUUUCUGUCUUUAACCAUUCUUUUUAAGGCAUCGUUAACUUUGAUAUAAUGUUAUUUAAUGGACAAGUGAGCAAUAGUUGGCUUGAAUGAUCUUAACCUAAAACUUGUCACAAAGUUUGCGUUCAAUUAGAAAAAAAUACACGAUUUAUUAUGGGAAAUGUACACAGAGAAAUGCACUGUAAAUCCUCACGCUUUAGGAAUUGGGGACAAUUAUUAAAAUGUCAUGAUUUCCUAAAUUCAUAGUAGUGGAAAAUGUUGUGGUUUCAUAUGAACCAAGAAGAGAUCUGUUAAGGGCUAUGAAUUAUUCAUAUAUGUGUGUUUGUCUGUGUGUGUUGAUGUAAUGUGUGUAUAUGAAUAAGUUAUUGUAAUGUUGAACUUAGACAAAAGACAUUGUUGAACCAAAUGAGUAAGUAGACUGUAUGUAAUCCAGCUUAAUGUUCCUCAUUAUUUAAAAACUGCUCUUAUGUGCACUUGUAUGUGUUGGAUGCAUACGUUUGAAAAUUAUUCUGUUUAAUAAAAACAUAAUAUACAGAAGAGCAUUUGGGUCUAUGUAACAUAUCUUAUGAG